AUGGAGGCACGAUUGUUCCGAUUUGGUGACGUACUGGCAGAUCCGACACAGGACAGAGACCCUGUCUCGACGGUCGAUUGGGAGUAUGCCCCCGUGCGACCAGCAAAGCGAAACCGUAUGUGCUUGAUCAACGCAGGACUCUCUCAAGGAUGUGACCUCUCCGAUAUCAUAAUGGCAAAACAACAGGCCAGCAAGUUCAUGAGCUUCGCGGGCCCUGGACGCAGAUGA